AUGGGUGAUCGCGAUGUUGAAAAGUUGGUUCGAAAAUAUAUUGACAAGCGGGAUGACAGACUUGUAGAUAUUGUGGAACGAUGCUUACGGAAGGGUUAUGACUAUGAAAAAAUGAAGGAUCGUGUUGGUGAUCAUGUCCGAGAAACAACUGUGCGGAAACGUCUGGUCGAUGCACUUUCCGAAGCUUUUCCGCAAUUUGCUCGAAGGCGCAAACACCGCUUCGAAGAAGCCAAAGAUUUUAAAGAAAAUCGACCAGAAAAGAAGCCUAAAUUUGAGGAGCGGUCGCAAAGCAUUACCACUCAAGUUGCAUCUGUUAUUAAUGUGCCAGCUUCUUCCAAUGUACCUUACAUCAAAAUGGAACCAGCGAAGUCUGAGGAAAUCACGGAAGAAGCUAGUUUUUGCUUUUGUUUGGAGCUCAAAAGUAAAGAACUAAUGUAUCAAGCUCAAAUGGCAAUUGAAGAACGAAAGCGGCAGUUAAAUUUAACUGCAAAACCUGGAAUUGUUGCACAGGCUGUUAUCUCAAAAGCUUCAAAACUAAAUACAAAAGAAGCUAGCAUGUUUAUGAAUUAUUCAAUGGAAAAAAUAAACAGAGUUAAAGAGUUGAAGGAAAGGCUAGCUCAGCGAACAGCAACAAUGUCGCAGAUUACAAGUAAUGAUACCACAAAUGGUACGUUUGCAAAAACAAAGAAACCUGAAAGUGAUGCAGAGCCAAAAGUUAUUGAAUAUGUGGAUCCUCGCAUUAGUUUGAAAUCAGCUCAACGAAAGCAGCGUGCUAUUGUUUUUCGAGAAAAAGGCGAAUUUGAGAAAUUAGCUCAACGUGAGCGAGCUAAAGCCCGCUUGUCAAUCUUGCAAGCUGAAAUAACUCAAAUUGCUAAAAAGACUGGAAUGUCUUCGUCAGUCAAAUUAGCUAUGCUCACUCCAUCAUCCUCAACGGUGAGUGAUGUUCCGGUAGUAGAAUGGUGGGAUGAAGUGGUGUUAGGUGGUGGUUAUGAAAUGAUUCCAAAUGAAAAUCUGGAUUCAGAUAGCAAGUAUGUGAAGACGGUGACGAAUUUGGUGGAACACCCAAUACAGUUAAAACCCCCAGAUGAGCCUCUUCAACCACAGUACCUUAAGGUCUAUUUAACAAGUCGAGAGCGAAAAAAGAUUCGACGACAAAACAGAAAAGAGGCACAAAAAGAACAGACUGAGAAGAUAAGACUGGGAUUAAUCAAAGCUCCAGAACCAAAGGUUAAAUUGUCAAAUCUGAUGCGGGUAUUGGGGUCAGAUGCCGUUCAGGAUCCGACUAAAGUCGAAGCUCAUGUGCGGAAGCAAGUGGCUGAAAGGCAGCGUAAACAUGAAACUGCAAAUCAACAAAGAAAGCUCACGAAAGAGCAACGAUCGGAGAAGAAAAUUCGGAAAAUUAAAGAAGACACAUCAUUGGCCGUACAUGUAGCUUUGUAUAAAGUAAAAUCGCUUGUUCAUCCAGCUAAGAAGUUUAAAGUCGAGAUGAAUGCCAAGCAACUUCAUAUGACUGGUUUGAUUCUUCUCCACAAUAACAUCAAUCUUGUUAUUGUUGAAGGCGGUCCGAAGCAACAAAAAGCAUUCAAAAAUUUAAUGUUGAAUCGAAUUAAAUGGAGUGAUGAAAUAAUUGGUCAGAAAAAGGAAGCUGAAAAUAAAGAUACUCCGGGUGAAAGAAAUGAUUGCACCUUGAUCUGGGAGGGUAUCGAUAAGCAACGAAAUUUCGGUGAAGUGAAGUGUAUGUUGGCUACAUUAGAAAAGCAAGCAAGAGAAAUUUUGGAGAAACAUGGAGUUGCUCAUUUCUGGGAUCUCGCUUAUAGUACUUCACUUCUGGCUGAUGAAGCUGUCAUCUAG